CUGCCAUUUCUUCUCUGCUGCCUGUUUCCUCUACACAUCAGAAGCAAAAUGGCGUCUGGAGUGCAAGUCGCUGACCAGGUGAAAGAUGUCUACAAAGAAAUGAAAGUAGUAAAGAGUGAUGCUGAUCAGAAGGAACGUCUACGAUUGGUGAUAUUUGAAAUCAAUGGCCGUUACAUUGAUGUGGAGGAGGGCAAAAUCUUCAGGGAAAAAGAUCUGGAAAACGUGGAUGAUGUCUUCAAGUUCUUCCUGAGUCACCUAGAUCCUAAACAGUGCCGCUACAUGCUGUACGACUGCCACUUCGAGACCAAGGAAUCAAGUAGAAAAGAAGAACUGGUCUUCGUGAUGUGGGCUCCUGACACAGCUGCCAUCAAAGACAAAAUGAACUACGCUAGCUCCAAAGACUCCCUCAAGAAGGCCCUGACUGGCAUCAAACACGAGCUGCAGAUGAAUGACCUUUCAGAUUACGGCGACAGGGACAAUUUUGCAGAGAAAAUGGGGAAAGGUGUAAUCAAAGUCGAGGGCCACCCUGUGAAACCAACUGGGCGCUAAUAAACAAACCCC